AUGGGUGAAUGGGAUUUGCUGGGCCGGCUGCUGGACAAAGUGCAGUCCCACUCCACGGUUAUAGGGAAGAUCUGGCUAACCGUCCUGUUUGUCUUCAGGAUCCUGGUCCUUGGGGCCGGGGCAGAGAAGGUGUGGGGGGACGAGCAGUCAGACUUCGUCUGUAACACAGACCAGCCGGGAUGUGAGAACGUCUGUUAUGACCACGCCUUCCCCAUCUCACACGUCCGCUUCUGGGUGCUUCAGAUCAUCUCCGUUUCCACCCCAACCCUGGUGUACCUGGGCCAUGUCCUCCAUGUCAUCCACGUAGAGAAGAAAGUCAGGGAGAAGAUGAAGAAGCAAGCACAGGAUGAGCAGGACAAUAACUUCCUGAAGAAGGGCUACAAAGUCCCCAAGUACAGCGACGACAAUGGAAAGAUUAACCUGCGUGGCCGUCUGUUACGCAGUUACGUAGUGCACCUACUGGUGAAGAUCCUUCUAGAGGUGGGGUUCAUCAUGGGUCAGUACUACCUGUAUGGCUUCACCCUCCAAGCCCGCUUUGUCUGCAUUCGCUUCCCCUGCCCUCACCAGGUGGACUGCUUCCUGUCCAGACCCACAGAGAAGACCGUCUUCAUCUGGUUUAUGCUGGUGGUAGCCUGUGUGUCUCUACUCCUCAACCUCAUUGAGCUCUUCUACCUGUUUGUCAAAUCGGUCAAAGAGUGUCUGGACAGAAGGCAGGACUACACGGUGACCCCGGUCACCCCUGUCCUGGAGAGGAAGGCCUUUGAGAACAAGGACCAGAUGAUCCAGAACUGGGUCAAUCUGGAGUUGGAGCUGCAGGGGAGGAAGCUGGCCAGUGGGGUGAUGAAAAGUGUGGCUUCUGAGGAAAACACAGCUAACAUGGGGGAGGUCCAUAUCUGAGGUGUCAGCUUUGGUACACAUUAUUUUUCACACAACCUGCUUGUAUGUUGACUCAAUGAUUCACAUGCCAGUCUACAGCCAUACGUACAGUAUAAAAUAACCUUAAUUCUGUGUGCCUAAAUGUACAAUUUCUCCUAAACAUUAAAUUACAUAUUCAUCGCAUUUUUAUGCGAUAAAGGAUUCAUGUUUGAGCUUGUACCACAGAAAAAUAAUGUCUAAUAUAAAUCUGUAUCUUUGUAUUUGAUGUAUUUCUUAAUUUUCUAAAUAUUUAUUUGGAACUUGUGUUAUUGGUUGUGACAUUGCAUGUAUGAGUAGAUGUAAUGUAAUUCAGAUAACACUAUAAUCUUGAUUCAAUAAAUUACAAUUUUAUAAGGAAAUUAUUCUGUCUGGUACAGUUGAAGUCGGGAGUUUACAUACACCUUAGCCAAAUACAUUUAAACUCAGUUUUUCACAAUUCCUGACAUUUAAUCCUAGUAAAAAUUCCCUGUCUUAGGUCAGAUAGGAUCUCCACUUAAUUUUAAGAAUGUGAAAUGUCAGAAUAAUAGUAGAGAGAAUAAUUUAUUUCAGCUUUUAUUUCUUUCAUCACAUUCCCAGUGGGUCAGAAGUUUACAUACACUCAAUUAGUAUUUGGUAGCAUUGCCUUUAAAUUGUUUAAGUUGGGUCAAACAUUUUGGGUAGCCUUCCACAAGCUUCCCACAAUAAGUUGGAUGAAUUUUGGCCCAUUCCUCCUGACAGAGCUGGUGUAACUGAGUCAGGUUUGUAGGCCUCCUUGCUCGCACAUGCUUUUUCAGUUCUCCAAUACCUUGUUGUGGAUAUGUAUCUUUCUGUCAAUCAUUAUGCAUGGGCCUUCCUGUCAGUCCUGUACAGGUUAACUUUUAAAAUUGAAUUCGCUGAUUAUGACUACGUGACAGUGAACCUGACGCAAUCCUUACCACCAGCCUCCAAAACUCAAGGUUCAACUCAUGCUAACGAUCAGUUGGUCUCAGAGGUAUAUUCUCCAUAGGGUCAGGACCAGGUAGGAGGCAACUUUUCUCUCCUCACUUCACAUUUUCUUAUCCUUUGAGUAAUUUUUAAGAAAAACAUGUAGUUUGUUUUGUAAUUAUUUUGGAUCUAAAGAAUGUUUAUUUAAGUUAUUAAAGUAGUAUAUUUUUCAGUGCAUAAUGUAUUUGGGGUUUACUGAUUACCAUGCAAUAUCAUAAAAUAUGAACAUAUAAUUAAUAGCAAAUAAGUCAUACAUAAACUUUUCCUCAUAAUCAAUAUAUUUACUAGACAUUAACUAUGAUCUAGCCUGUCAUGUGCUUUUUGUUGCUCUUCAUUAUGUGACCAACUCCUUACAUUUUAAGUUAAUUUUUGAAGUAGGGUUAUCAUUCAAUACACAAUAGUUAUUACAUACAAUAAUGUUGUAAAAAAUAAUAAUAUAUAUAUUCUUAAUGAUAGAGGGUUAUCAGUUUUAGGAACUUGGUCUUGAUGCCAUUGUGUGCAUGCCCCAAAAGUCAAAUUAAUGAUUAAGGCUGAAAAGUGAGUGGAAACAUUGACAACCUGACUCAUAGAUAAGAUGGACCUUCUACUGUCAAAUUCAUUAACUGGCUAUUUUCUUCUCUGUCUUUAGAAAGCCAUUGAACAUCAGCAAACAUGGGAGACUGGGGUUUUCUUUCCACGUUACUGGACAAGGUGCAGUCCCACUCAACGGUCAUUGGGAAGAUAUGGAUGAGUGUCCUGUUCCUGUUCAGAAUCAUGGUUCUGGGUGCUGGAGCGGAGAGUGUGUGGGGCGAUGAACAAUCUGGUUUCAUAUGCAAUACGCAACAACCUGGUUGUGAAAAUGUCUGCUAUGACUGGAUCUUCCCCAUAUCACACAUCCGUUUCUGGGUCAUGCAGAUCAUCUUCAUCUCCACUCCAACUCUUCUGUACCUGGGCCAUGCCAUGCAUGUCAUCAGCCAGGAGAACAAGCUAAGAGCCAUAAUUCAGAGCCAGCAUGAUAAUGGCACGUUGAAGAAGCCCAAAUACACCAAUGAAGCAGGGAAGGUCAGAAUUAGGGGAGAUUUGUUGGGCAGUUACUUGACCCAGCUAUUCUUUAAGAUCAUUCUAGAGAUUGCUUUUAUUGUUGGCCAGUACUACCUGUAUGGGUUUGUCAUGGUCCCCAUGUUCCCUUGCUCCAGAUCUCCCUGCCCCUUUACUGUAGAAUGCUACAUGUCUCGUCCCACAGAGAAGACCAUAUUCAUCAUCUUCAUGCUGGUGGUGGCCUGUGUGUCUCUGGCUCUAAAUGUGAUUGAGGUUUUCUAUCUGCUUUGCACAAGAGUGAGAUGUGGCGGCUCUAAGGGGCGCACUAAUCACACUACCUCAGCAGCGAACCCCGCCGUCCUCCCCUCCCCUGGGUGGUCUGGUCACAUGGAUACUGAGAUGGAUGCCCUGAGACAGAACAAGAUGAACCUGGAAUUUGAGAGUGGCCAGAGUUUAGGGGGUAGUCUGGAAGGAGCAAAGGAAGAGAAAAGGUUGCUAGGUGACCACUAAAACACUUGAAAGUUAAUUAGCCUUGAAUGUAUCUUGAUCUUUUGUAUUGUUGAAAAUCUGAAUGAAUACACUACCUGUUUUGUUUUCUUAUGUUUAUUGAUUUAAAUACAGUGCACUAGUAGUUAGUGUAUUUUAUGUAUUUAUGUUGAAUGUGUACUGUUCAAUUGUGGACUACUACAAAAUGAAAAUGCUUGCACAGAUAUGUUACCCCUAAAUGUCAAUAAACCUUGAUAUGAUUUGUAUAUUGACUGAUGAAUGUUAACAACUGAGAUAUUGUCUAUCCUACAAUACAAUCUAGAUAGGCAGUGUUUAUUUUUUGAAAUGAUAAAUAAAACAUAUUGUAAAAAAUUAAAUAAAUAUGUUUUAAUGGUGG